UAUUUCUAAAUAAAACCUAUUUUAUUUUUCCUUCUCGUAUGGUUCUAUAUGAAACCCAGCUCGAUGUCUCUUCACUUAACAAACCCCAAAACUUCUUUCUUAUUUAACACAACCUAAAACUAAAAGUAUUUGUUAUAUUUGGCAAACUAGUUUUAAUUAAAAAUAUAUGGUUUAGAAAUGUAUUUGCAAAACUUCCACUUCUCUUUGUUCUCUCUUCCUCUCUAUUCUUUUCUCUUGUUCCUUUGCUUCCUAUAUCUGCUAAUGGGUAAAUUAGAGUAAUCUUUUCCCUUGGACUCAUUUUGGUCAACCACUCUUUUUCUAGCCCAACAACAUCAUCACGUGAGGACAUGUUCAUUUCUUCCUCCUCACGAACACAGCGUGAGCUCUCUGGCUCACGUCAGCUCUCUGUGUGCUGUGUCGCACAUCCUCCUCCUUUCCUUUUAAUCGCUUCUCUAAGCCGCAGAAAACCCUAGCUCUCUUCAUCCCAGCCCCGCCGCCACUUGCUUUACCCUCGUCCACCAAAAUAGAGCAGGCAGAAAGAGGUUCAGUUCGAAAUUCAGAACACCGAGCAGAACAUCACCUCGUCGCCAUGGAGCCGCCUCUCCAGACUGCCCUUCGUCGAGCAGAAGGCACCAGGAUCUCCGCGUCGUCGUCCUCUCCAUCUCUUUGCGAGGAAUCGAGAUGGGACUCAGUAAUUCGAGCGCAAGGUCGCCGAUCCCCCGCGCCGGUCACCAUGCUUCUUCUUUGAUUCAGGCCGCCUCCAUCCUUCCCCGGCCAGUCCGAGCCCUCCAUCGCGAUCAUGAAGUUCGUCGCUGGCUACUCUCCGUUGAACCCUGGUCCCAGCGCCUACUCCACCACUUCCGUCCAGCCGGGGCGCACGCCGGGCGCCCUCUUCUUCCUCACCGUCCGCCCUCCAUCGUCAGGGCCAUGCUCGAUGCCAUCUUCUCCGAGCCCUACUUCCCCGCUGUUAUGCAUCUCCGUCACAUAGAGGUGUCUCAGACAAUCCCACACGCCUGGAGUUCUUUUCUACGCACGAGCCAAACAAAAUCAGCUUUGCCAAAGCAGCUAGUGGCUACGGCCUUCUCUUCCCUGUGGUAUCAGGAUCAGCUCUCAGUGUAUGUGCUGCUUCUUGUCGGUGCUUCAGGCCAGGUUCCGGUCCAGUUUCGUUGCUCCUCUCCAACAGCGCUGCAGCGCUUUGCUUCUUCCCGGAUAGGAUCGCGAAGUGGUGUGGUGAGAUACGACAAGAUCUCCGGAUGUCCCUCGGCAAGCUUUAACAGGUAUGAAGAUCAGUACGAUGAAGGACGACGCUAGCAAGGUUACCCUUCCGGCUUGGCCUGGGCAGGGUUAUGGACGCCACUGGUUAUCUUCAGGACUCUUAGUCCAAAUUUGUAUCUUGUCCGUACUCGGAUGUAUUUGAUCUUCUGUAUGAUUUGGAUCUUUGUAUGUAUCUAUUUCUAUAUUGACUCGUUGGAGUCGUUGUUGUAAUAUAUGUUCUUGUGGGCUCUAUUGUAA